AUGUCUCACAUGUCGUUGGCUUCUCAUGCAAUUUGCUGGAAGGUAACUGCUAUUGAUAAUGCAUAUUUGUUGAAGAGAUUCAAUGAAAAAAACAUCGCAGUUUCUCUAAAAAUUUUGGAUGAAAAAACUGUAAUAGAUCUUAUAGCUCAUACUAACUACUGGAAACUUGGUAUUUUAAUAGAUGUUCGCUGCUACGUCGAUGAUUUGGCAGCAGAUUCUCGACUGUUUGACGAACUGCGGUAUUGGCUCAUACUCAGCCAUGACAUGUCGGAUGUUUUACGCACUUUAGAUGACACCAGCUUUGGCAUAUCCACAAAUCUUGUCAUCGCCGUAACGUCUUUUGACGGAAGUGGUUAUGAGCUAUACGACGUUUACAACCUAUUCAAGGAUCGAAACGAAAACACAAGAAUCAUGUUUUAUGGUAAUUGGUAUGAAAAAGGUGGGCUCCACGUCGUACGUUCGUUACAAAAUAAGAUUGCCAGGCGAUCGAAUUUAAAUCACGUCGACCAAAGGGCUAUGUUUUACAAGUGUGCACAUAAGCCACCCGAAAUGCUGUUAGAAGAUUAUUUGGAUGAUUUCACACACAGAACUUGGGAUGCCAGAGCUAAAUUUUCUUUCAAUAUAUUGAGGCAUCUCUCUGAUCUUUAUAAUUUUACUUUAUCAAUUACUGAAUCUGAAAAGUGGCCAGAAGGAGAUAGACUCGGACCGAUGCUUCGAGCAUUGAUUAACAAAACGAUAGAUUUUACGGGUACAACAUUGACCAUGGACAUACAGAGAACGUACCUCAUGAAAUUUGUGCAUCAAGAUUGGCCAUUUAGAACUUGCUUUAUAUUCCGAAAUCCGCAGCCAAAAAAUUUAAAAGUUGGGGAAUUGCUACGACCUUUGAGCAUGAAAACUUGGGUGCUAACGGGAAUAACCUUGUUUGCAUUCGUUUAUUUUCUCGCGUUACUACUGCGUUACGAAACAAGCGAUCGCACCUGGAUUAAUUAUUCAAAUUCAAUUCUUUCGGUCAUCGGUGCUCUUUGCCAACAAAGUACAAAUGUGCACUUGAAUCAUCCAUCAACACGCAUAGUGUACUUAUUUCUUAUGGUAUUCAGCCUCCUUAUGUACAAUUAUUAUUCUGCAAGUAUCGUGUCAGUCAGAUUAAAUGAGCCAAUUUUUAAAAUUAAAAAUUCCCUUUUUGAAAUGACAAACUUAAAUUUGAAAAUGUCAUCAGAGUGGAUGAGUUAUUUGCAGUAUUUUUUAGAGCACGGUGAUGUUGAAGUUAAAAAAUUUGUAAGUAAUAAAUGGUCGCAAAUACCGGAGAAGCAGCGUUAUGUCGAGCCUGAUCAGGCACUGUUGAUGGUUCAGAAAGGCGGAUACGCUUAUCAUACGCACCCAGAGGUGGCAUAUGCUUAUAUAGAUAAGUUAUACACGCAUAGAGAGAAUUGCGAAUUAAUGGAGGUAGAUCUUGCUAGGCCACAUUAUACCGCAUUCGCUGUGACGUUCAACAGUUCUAUAGAAGAAUUAGCAAGGAUUGGCUUGACAAAAAUUACCGAAGUUGGACUGAGAAAUCGACAGCUGUCCAAAUGGGUGUACAAAAAGCCACCCUGUCGCAACGACAUUUUAAGCGCAACGAGUAUAAACAUAUACGAAUUCGCGCCACACCUGCUACUUCUGGUCAUUGGAAUAAAUAAAUACAAUGAAGUGUCGAUGAACUUGUUUGCUCAAACAAAAUAUCAUAGAUUAGGCAUAUUUUUUGAUGUUCGUUGCUACGAUACCAAGAUCAUUAAAACUAAAUUUCUUGAAGCAAACGAAUUACGUAUAUUUGGUGAAUUACAUCACUGGUUAAUAUUAGGGUCAAAUUUAUCGAGAAUUUUGGAUAUAAUUGAAGAUGAAGCGUUUGGCACGUCUACAGAUUUUGUUAUUGCGAUACCAUCAGCAAGAAACGAUAGUUUCAUACUUUACGACGUGUAUAAUUUAUUUAAAAAUCUUGGAGAAAAACUCAAAGUUAUUUCAUUAGGUCACUGGUUUGAAGAGGAAAACAUUGUUAUCCGUUUAAAUCAAUCCAAAAUUAUUAGGAGAUCUAAUAUGCACCAAAUUUCGAUAAGAGCAAUGCUCUAUAAGUGCGCUCAUAGACCAAACGGAACUGCGCUAGAGGAAUACUUGGGCGAUUACAAUGCUCUUAACAGCUGGGAUGCUCAGCAUAGAUUUGCAUAUUUUGUACUUCAGUAUCUAUCAGUAUUAUACAAUUUCACUUUGAAUUUAAUCGAAUCCAAAAUGUGGGAAGCAGGAGACGCCUUGGGUCCUAUCGUUCGAGCUCUGAUAAACGAUUCAAUUGACAUUACUGGCUCACCUAUAUCGAUGAGUGAGAAAAGGGUAAAUGUAUCUAAAUUUGUUCAUCAAGAUUGGCCUUUCCGAACUUGUUUUAUUUUUCGAAGUCCUCCGAAAACUAACAUAAAAACUCAAGAAUUGUUACGUCCUCUUAGUACAGAUGUAUGGUGCUUGACGAUUGUACUUCUUACUGUGGAGGUAAUUUUGUAUACCAUAAUCUUACGCUAUGAUGGUACUGAAUCUAUAUUCAUUCGCUUUUCGGAUUCAUUAUUGACUACAAUUGCUUCUGUGUGUCAACAAAGUUCAGAUGUUGCAAUGAAUAGUUUAUCAACUAGAAUCUGUUAUAUAUUUUUAUUACUUUUCUCUUUAUUAUUCUAUAAUUUUUAUUCAGCAAGCAUCGUAUCAUCUCGCUUUGGCGAGCCCAUUUACAAAAUCAACAAUUCCUUGAACGAAAUGAGCAAACUAAAUUUAAAAUUAUCUUCUGAAUGGACAGUUUAUUUACCCUACUUUUUUAAGUACAAAGACUGGGAAGUGCAAGAAUUUUACAAAAACAUUUGGCAACAUAUACCCGAAAAACAUCGUUUUAUGAGUCCGGAACAAGGCAUGGAUUUGGUUCAAAAGGGUGGCUUUGCAUACCACACACAGCCGGAGGUCGCUUACCCAUUCAUCAAUAGGCUGUACAAUCAUCGAGAGACUUGCGAAUUGACGGAGGUCGAUUUGUCUCGAUUUAACGUUGCCGCUUUUGCAGUAACGCUCAACAGUAGUAUCGUAGAAACGAUGAGAAUUGGGUUGACAAAAAUCGCGGAGAUUGGUCUGCGGCAGCGACAGCUCACCAGGUGGCUUCACCGGAAGCCGCAUUGCCGCAAAGACAUUUUAACUGCAUCUAGCGUAAAUAUAUACGAGUUUGCGCCACAUCUGGUGCUUCUUGGGAUCGGCAUGAUUCUGGCCUUAGUCGCCUGUAUCGUUGAAAUACUUAUCAGCAAUCGUAUCGUCUCUGCUCGUUUAGACGAGCCAAUUUUCAAAAUAAACAACUCGCUUAACGAGUUCUCCAAGUUGAAUUUACAAAUGGCUUCAGAAGACAUGAUUUACUUGGAAUUUUUCCUCAAGUUUCCAGAAUGGGAAGUUCAGCAAUUUUAUAAAAACUACUGGCUAAAAUUACCCAAAUCGAAGUGGUUUAUACCACCCAAAGACGGAAUUAAAUUAGUGAAGGACGGCGGCUUUGCCUAUCAUACGCACCCUGAGGUUGGCUAUCCACACAUUGAACAGACUUUCGAAAAUCAUGAAAUUUGUGAAUUAACGGAAGUAGAUUUAGCUCAAAAAAUAUUUACCGCCUUUGCAGUUACUUGGAACAGUUCGAUCGUCGAAAUAGGACGUGUUGGGCUAACAAAAAUUGCAGAAGUUGGCUUGAGACGUAGACAACUGAAUCGUUGGUUAUUUAGGAAGCCACACUGUCGUGUAGACGUACUCAUGGCAUCGAGUAUUAAUAUGUACGAGUUUUUACCUCAUUUAAUACUUUUAGCGGUAGGAAUGAUCAUUGCGCCCGGAUCACCAAGAAACGUUGAAAUGUAA